GUGAUUUAUUGUCGAGUGCAGUUAAAGUUUGAUGAACCUGAUAGUUAGACAUUGAGAGCUAGAGGUGUUACAGCGUUGGUUCGGUCAGACGAGACUGCGGACAGAAAGCAGAUCUUGAGAGGCCUGUAAACAUACACAGGAAAAUGGUACAGAGGUCUACUGUCGCUGGCCUUGCGAUGCUGCUGCUAGCAGCGGUUGCCACAUUUUUGGCUGUUUUCUUCAGUCUGCGGGCCAAGGCGUCUGGUAACGGUUACUUCAAAGCAGCGGUAGCGGCGGAUGCUGGGCCGUGCUCGGAAAUUGGCAGGGACAUUCUUAAAAAAGGAGGAUCUGCUGUAGAUUCUGCCAUUGCUGCUCUGUUAUGCGUGGGUUUGAUGAAUGCUCACAGCAUGGGCAUCGGUGGAGGGCUCUUCUUCACUAUUUAUGACCCCAAAACAGGAAAAGUUGAAACCAUCGAUGCACGCGAGACGGCCCCUGCGAACGCAACCAGAGACAUGUUUGGAAAUAGUACAGACCUUUCCCAGAAAGGUGGUUUGUCUAUUGCUGUACCAGGGGAGAUUCGGGGUUAUGAGAUGGCACACAAACGCCAUGGCAAGCUUCCUUGGAAAGAACUGUUCUUACCCAGCAUACAACUGGCACGAAACGGCUUUCGUCUUGGCAGCGCUUUGGCCGGUGCCAUUAAUUCAAACAAAAGAAUUAUCAUGAAUGACAAAACAUUAUGUUCCGUGUUCUGUGAUUCCACCGGCAACAUCCUGCGGGAAAACGACACAAUCAUCUUUGCCAAACUGGCUGACACUUACGAGCACAUAGCCGAGAAUGGGCCUGAUGCGUUUUACAGCGGCCCGCUGGCCGAGAACCUCGUGAGGGAUAUCCAAGCUGCAGAGGGGAUUAUAACCCUGGAGGACCUGAGAAAUUACAGGCCUGUGCUUGAUGAGAACCCACCUACUGUUAACAUAGGAGAAUACGCAAUGGUGACUCCCAACGCUCCUGCCAGCGGACCCGUCCUCACCUUAAUACUUAACAUCCUGAGCGGUUUCAACUUUAGCCCAGACAGCGUCUCCACCACAGAUAAGAAAAUCCUCACCUAUCACCGUAUAGUGGAGGCCUUCCGAUUCGCAUAUGCCAAAAGGUCUAUUCUGGGUGAUCGAAAUUUUCUCAACAUCUCUGAUUUCAUCCAGAACAUCACCUCAAAGGAUUACGCUGACAUGAUCCGACAAAAGAUCACAGAUGACACAACACAGCAGGAGGGCUACUACGAACCCGAGUACUUUAUUCCGGACAAUCACGGCACGGCGCAUCUGUCGGUGGUGGCGGAGGAUGGAGCUGCUGUCUCCGCCACAAGCACCAUUAAUCUGUACUUUGGCUCUAAGUUCAUGUCUGAUUCAACAGGGAUUUUACUCAACAAUGAGAUGGAUGACUUCAGUUCUCCUCUGAUUACGAACAAUUUUGGAGUUCCUCCUUCUCCCAAUAACUUUAUUGUACCACAUAAAAGACCAAUGUCUUCUAUGUGUCCCGCCAUACUGCUGGAUAAAAACAACAAAGUUAAGAUGGUGGUUGGAGCCUCUGGUGGAACAAGGAUCACUACAGCAGUAGCCCAGGUGAUCCUAAACGCCUUGUUUUUUGAUUACGACCUUGAAAAAGCAGUCGUGGAGCCGAGGAUUCACAAUCAGCUCAGUCCCAACACCACACAGGGAGAGCCUGACUUUAACAAGGCAGUGUUGGAGGGUCUUGCGCAGAAGAACCACUUUACAGAAGUGAUAAAGUCCACGGCCUCUGUGGUUCAGGCUAUAGUGCGAUAUAGUGAUGGACUUCGUGCCAAGUCAGACCCACGCAAGGGAGGCUACGCGGCUGGGUACUGAACACUGCAUCGACUCAUCGAUCCGGAUUUCUAGUCCAGCUUCAGGCAAAAGACUUAAUACCUAAGGACAUUUUCCCCAGAGCUGCUCGGAAACAACCCAGUGCCUUCAUCAGAGAUCCAACAAGCGAGUCGCCUCUGGCAGAUCAAAAUCUCCAUUCAUGACUCCACCACCAUUUUUCUCCUGACAUUGAUCCUUGCUUGUUCUGCAUUCAGUGAAAAUUCAAUUUCAAAUACUGGGUGACGAAUACACGCACAAAGAAAACCGUUUAAUCUUUUGAUUAAAUCACCUCAUCCUGAUUUUUAGAUCCAUAUCAUGUUACCGUGGAGUGGUAGGUUAUUUAUUUCUACAAAUAAAUGUAUUUGACAAGUGA